CACUCAAGAAAAACACACAGCAGCCCCCAUUCUUCUCUCGUCGCCUCCUCAGGCAAUUCCCGAUUGCUCGCCGCCGAAUUCCAUCGCCGGAUACCGUCGCACCCAACAGAACCGGCGACCGUCGCAAUCCACAGAUUCAAUUUAGGUUCGCAAUCCACAGAUUCAAUUUAGGUGUCAACUAAAAUGGCAAUGUUAUCCAGAGCCCGUGUUGUUUCUUCAAAUUUGUUUGGGAAGUUGGCCUUCCAAAAUCCAAUCCAUCGCGCUUUUAGCUCUUCUUCAACACAAGGAACACAUUCCCAUGACAAAUCCUCACUAAUGAUGAAUAACAACCCAAUGUUCUCAUUGGACAUAAGCUCCCAAAUUGGAAGCUGUAUGCCCAUAUCCAUGAUGCGGAUCGGAACCAUAAUCCACAACAUUGAAAUGAACCCGGGUCAAGGAGGAAAGUUAGUCCGUGCUGCAGGCACAUCAGCAAAGAUCUUGAAAGAACCAUCUGCCACUAAGCUUUGUUUGAUUAGGCUUCCUUCUGGUGUUGAAAAGUUGAUUGAUUCCCGGUGUAGGGCCACAAUCGGGGUGGUGUCGAACCCUGAACAUGCAACUAAGAAGCUGAGGAAGGCGGGGCAGAGCCGGUGGCUUGGGCGGCGGCCGGUGGUUAGAGGUGUUGCUAUGAAUCCGGUGGACCAUCCGCAUGGUGGUGGUGAAGGGAAGAGUAAGAGUAGUGGUUGUAGAGGCGGUGUUUCCAAGACUCCGUGGGGGAAACCCACUAAGAGUGGGUUUAAAACGGGCCCACUUAAGAGGAGGAAGUAGGUUUGGUUGUUAUGUUUUAGGAGGUUAAAUUUUUUGAGUUUUGAGUUUUGAUCAUGGUUUGGUUUUUUCUUUUAAGAAAUGAAAAUAAAGAUCAAACAUAAAAAGGGUAUCUAAACAAGAACUUUUUUUUUUUGUAACAUGUGUA